CGCCAACUGCAUCGUCGCAGUCAUGGCGGCAGGAACGCUGAGCCCGUUUGUUUACUGGGCGCAAACCGACUCUAAACUUUUCUUGCGUGUUGACUUACGGAACGUUAAGGUUCCCGAUAUAGAGGCCACCACUAACAGGCUAUCGUUCUGCGCUUACGGCGUGGGUGCGAGGGGCGAAGAGAAAUACACGUUCCUUUUGGACUUCUACGCCCCCGUUAACCCGGAUGGCUGUGAGUACCGGGUGAAUGACAGGCAAGUGGAUAUCCAGAUUACAAAGGACAAAUCAGACUCCUGGCCUCAACUACUGUCAGCAGAUUCACCAAAGCCGGCAUGGCUUAAGGUUGACUUUGAUAAGCUGCAAACAGAGGAUGAUGAAGACGAGAUGUCGGAAGAUGAUAACCAGCUUCGGAACUUCUACGAGUCGCAGCGCUAUUCGCCGAGCUCACGAACAAGCCCACCAUCAUGGAGCAGGAAGCGGCGAGGCCAAGAGAGGAAGACCGAGGAAUUUCGCAAGGUGUACCUCUUCCUCUACAACCUCUUCCAGUUUGUCGGUUUCCUCUAUGUCGGUCUUGUCAUGCUCAUCCGCUACAGCCGUGAUGGUGAAUACUCCAUGGCAGGCACCUGGGAAGCUGUGGGCAAAGCCAUGCGGCUAGUCAUCUGCCUGCAACUUCUCGAAGUGCUGCACCCACUGCUCGGAUACACCAGAGGCAGCUUUCUGCAUCCACUCGUGCUGGUGGGUGGCCGCGUCUUCAUGGUAUUUGCCAUGAUUGAUGCAGAGCCAAGGAUGCAAACCAAGCCGGUGGUCUUCUAUCUGUUUACCGUGUACACACUGGUAGAGCUGUGCAGGUACCCUUACUACAUGCUGCGUACAUAUGACAAGAGCAUUGGCUUCAUUACCUGGCUACGAUACACUGUUUGGAUCCCUCUUUUUCCUCUUGGAUUCCUGUGUGAAGGGGUGAUGAUCCUCCGAAACAUUCCCUACUUCGAGGAGACCGGGCGCUUCAGCAUGGAUUUGCCAAACAUGUUCAAUUUCUCCUUCUACCUCCCAACAUUCCUGCGGCUCUAUCUACUUCUGGGAAUCUUUCCAACACUGGCAUUUAUGAUGAGUCACAUGUAUCGGCAGCGCAAGCAGAUCCUCGGUCCCAAGGACAAGGAAGACUAAGGACAUGUGUUGUCCUCAUCAACUAGUCUGUUUCAUUCCACCAGCUCUCUUUUUUUUUACUCCAUACCUCCUUCAUGGCAGCUACAGUUAUUAAAGUGCAUAAAAUGAACAAAGUG